AUGGAGCCAUCGGGCCUUGCCCGCCAUGUCUCCAAGCCUCUAGAUCACCUCAUCAAUAGUGGCAAGACGCGGGAAUCCAAGCAUCAGAUCGCCAUCUUGGAAGACGAAGAUGUUGAGACCUUUGUCGCAUUCUGCGAGUAUGCGUACACCGGCAACUAUGCCGUGCCACCGCCUGGAUCUCGAGAAAACGAAAUAGAGCCAGUCUCUAUCAAUCAUGCGCUCAACGGCGCCUACCCGGACACUGGUAGCACCUCGCCGGCAGCGAGCUGGGAGAAGUCGCCUCCAAAGCCAAAAGUCCCAAGCGAGGCAUGCCCGGGUAAUCCUGAUGACAGCAAUGAUAGAGAUGGAGUUGGUGACGGUGACGUGGAGCCGCGCAGAGAUCCCAGCCAGCAGUCAAGUUCCAAAGACAGGCACGUGUACCACUCGACAAAAUCUGAGUAUACAGCCCAGAACCCAGUCGCUACACCUCACGACUCUGAUAAUUCGCCUGCCCCGUGGGCGGAAGAUCCCCCAACUCGAGGUAGAAGACGCCGCAGGGGAAAGAAAGAUCAGCAAGGGGUCACUCAAGACGCGACCUCCAAGCUCACCCCGCCUUGCACGCCCCCCGGCGCCGCACAAGUCGAGCCUGAUAUGCCGGCUGCAGAACCUAGUGAAGAGUUCCCGGUCUUGCCCGGUGCUGAACAAUCCACCUCACAGUCGCCGGAGCGUCCGGGCCGAACUCUUAGCAACGGCGCGAAUGGAAGUGGAUUUGGAGGCAUCAGGAAUCAGAGGGAGGAGAGUUUGACCAAAAGCCGAGUGCGGCCAGUCAUAGAUACGUCUUUCGCCAAUCAGCAGUUCUCUCCUCGCCACGAGAAAGGAACAACAAACCUGUGGGAGGAGUUCACUGGCAUCGAUGACAGCGGUUUUCGUCCGUCCUUCAGAACAAGAUCCCCAAACCCACCUGCUGGGAUUACAUUGCCCUAUCUGAUAUUCCACGCUAAGUUGUACGUCUUUGCCACACGCUACCUGAUCCCGGGUCUCGCCCAUCUGUGUCUGCAAAAACUCCAUUACGACCUUCUAAAUCUGGCGUUUCCAGACCCAGACCCCGAGAAUCAGUAUGAGGAGCAGCUCGUUCUGACCACUACCAAGGCUCGGAUGAUCGUCGAUCUCCUCAACUACACCUAUACGAAAACCACCCGUUUAGAGCCGAUAACGCCCUCGUCGGCAACCCAGCUUCGGGAUAACGAGCUGCGGAGACUCGUUGUGCAUUAUGCUGCUUGCAAAGUGCGAGACCUUGCAGUGUAUUGUCCCCCAGUGGAGCCCAUUGCAGGUGCUGCGUUCUAUCCAGAACAACCAUCUGCUCGUGGCUUUCGGGCUCUUCUGGAUACUCUUCCGGAGCUUGCUUCGGAUUUGAUAUACCGCAUGAUAUAG